GAUGGUCAGCCUCCUGUACGCCGUGCUGCACUCGCUCCUGAGCUGCCUCAUCCCCCCGGCCAACGUGCUGGUGAUCGUGGCCGUCUACCAGCUGAUGAGGAAGCAGCCAGGCACCAGCUACGUCUACAUCCUCAACCUGGCCACGGCCGACCUGCUGGUGGGUGUGAUGUGCAUCACCGAGGUGCUGGACAAUGUCCUCAGCAGGAAUUUUGACCACAGCAGGUCCUUCUGCCUCCUGCGAUUGGCCAUGAGCAUGACUCCCUGCAUCGGCUCCAUCCUGACACUGCUCCUCAUCUCCCUGGACAGGUACCUGGCGGUGAUGCUGCCGCUCUCCUACCCCACCCUUCUGAAGAAAACACCCAUGGUCCUCUCCCUUCUUGUCCUCUGGCUGCUCUCCUUCCUUUUCGGCUACUUGCCUCUGAUCUUGCCCUCCCUGCAGCGAGGCAACUACACGGGCUACUGCGGGGUCCUGUACGUGGCCAAGAACGAGUACCUGUACAUCAUCUGCCUCGGCAUCUUCGCGCCGUCGCUGCUGGCGCUGGUGUUCCUGCACGUCUCGGUGGGCUGCGUCGCCUACAUGCAGCACAAGCGGCUGCGGCGCGCCUCUGCCCGCACCGGGCCCCUCCGCGCCCGCCCGCGCCGCUUCAAGGGGCUGCGGACUGUGCUCAUCGUCCUCGUCGGCUUCAGCCUCUCCUGGGGCCCCUACAUGGUGGGGGGCACCGUGGAGGCUGCCUGCGGCUCCUGCAACCUGGCCGGCCCGCUCAAGGACGCCUUGUUCCUGUUGGGCGAGACCAACUCCCUCAUCAACCCCUUCAUCUAUGCCCUGCACAGCAAAGACAUCCGGGGCCAGCUGGCAAAGCUGCUGCGGUGCCGGGUGAAGGGGCAGGUGACAGCCCUGGCCUCCCAUAUCCGGACCGUGGGGAGCUGGGGUGGGGGCCAGCCCGAGGCACGUGGGUCAUGAGGGCUCCGUGCCCUGGCACUGCCCGAGCUGUUCCCACCACCGCCGGGCCCGUGGCAGGAGGGACACGC